UGCUGGCUCGUGCCUUGUCUUGGCGUCGGUUUGGAAACGCCAUAUUAUAUCUAUUCUUAAUAUAACAUUAUAAUAUGCAGUGCAAGCAACAAUAAUUUUAAUCACAAUACGUGAUUAUCUCAUAGAAUUGAUUCUUACAAACUCUUUAGUAUUGGAUUAUUAAAAUUGUUAGAGGUAUUGCCUAAACAGUCAAUUACUUUCAGGUUAGAAUCGGCGUUAUUUACUUUUUCGAAUUUUUCAUAGAAUUAUUAAUUAUCGUGAAAGAUGAAGAUCGAAGAGUAUCGUGAGAUAAUUAAAACAAUAAAACAAUAUCAAGGUCUGCCAAAGGAUUGUUCCAAAAUGCUGAUUACAAAGUACAACAGAUUCCAUCCAUUUACGUUAAAGAGUAUAUUGAAUCAAGAGAUUCAGUGGAGAACAAAAAUUAAUCACAGACAAGUUUAUAAGAAUGAAAAUAAUAAUUUUUAUCAAAGAUAUUUUCAAGCUUUUCAAAAAGGUGAACCCCCUGGAAUUCUGCUCAGAAUGGCCUGUAAGCUUAAGACUUGUCCUGCAUUAUUAGCCAACAAAGUAUUGAAAGAAUAUUAUUUAUCUAGUGAGAAUGAUCUAAAAGUAACGAAAAAUGACUUGCAAAAAAUGAUGAAAGAUACUACUCUCAUUUCUCAUGCAAGUUUGGCUUACGAAGUUUAUUUGUGUGUGUUGUAUGAUAAUCAGUAUGGCGCUAUAGCUAAUUCAGUAAGCGAUUGUACUGGACAAGAGUAUGAAAUAAAAUUAGAACACUACUUGAUUGAGCACAAAAUUCCAUUUCUCAAUGAAGAACUACUUCGAACUAAAGGCUAUGAUAAAACGCCUGAUUGCAAAUUAGAAAUUCCAAUAGCUAUCAAUGAUUUUGUUAUUAACUGGAUAGAAUCAAAAGCUCAAUUUGGUACACCGGAAACUCAUAAAUCAUAUGUAAAGGGACAAUUUCUCAGCUAUUGGAAUAGAUUUGGUCCAGGUUUAGUAAUCUACUGGUUUGGUUAUGUUGAUAAUAUUGUACAAUCAAAAGAAAGCAGAUUCAUUGUUAUGGAUCAUUUUCCUGAGAAGAUCACAUAUAUGGAUCCAUAUUCAAUUAUAUCUUCUGUGAAAUAAGCUAAUAGCCAUAAAGUAACUUAUAGUAACAAGAAUUGUAAUAUACUUAUGAUCUAAGUAAUUGUACAAAUGAAUUUUCAUGGAAUCAUAUUCGUUGUUUACUAUAAAUAAUUAUUAAUUUAUUAAAAUGUGAAUAGUCGCAAAUAUAAAAGAGGUAUAUAUUGAAUGAAAAUUUUUAUGAUUUUUUACUGAAAAUCGCUUUUAUGUGACUAGAAUUGAA